AUGCCAAGGCUGAAAUGCCUCUGCGAGUUCGGCAAGGGUGACUCUUGUUGCAUCGAUAAAUCGAGUAGCGCCGAACUUCAAGAGUCCAUUAACUCCAUGUUUCGCUGGUACCGUGGGGCAAAAAAGUGCUACGUAUACCUAUCGGAUGUCUUCGAAAAGGAUGAAGAUGAACACGACCACCUGUCCAGGUCUACAUGGGAGUCAGCUUUUCGCAAGAGUAAAUGGUUCACUCGAGGCUGGACACUUCAAGAGCUUAUUGCUCCUACUUCGGUUGAAUUCUUCUCCUCAGAGGGCACUCGAUUAUGUGACAAAAGGUCAACGGAGCAGCAAAUUCACGACAUCACUGGAAUUUCCAUUGAUGCCCUUCGGGGAGAUGCUUUAUCCACACUCAGCUUUGACGAACGGAUGUCAUGGGCUCAAGGGCGAAACACGACACGCGAAGAAGAUAUGGCCUACUCACUACUUGGCAUUUUCGACGUCCAUAUGCCACUCAUAUAUAGCGAAGGGAAGGAGAAGGCAUUGAUUCGGCUGGAGAAGGAGUGCCGCGAAAGCUUUCAAACGCCACGAGAUGCGAGACUAGGGAAGAUUCGACAAUGGUUGUCUCCACCAGAUCCAUCUCUCAAUUAUGAGAAAGCACUCAAACAGCGCCAGGCUGACACUGGUCUCUGGUUCCUCGAAAGCGACGAAUUUGCCAAGUGGAAAAUUGACACCGGUUCAUUUCUCUGGCUACAUGGCAUUCCGGGAUGCGGUAAAACCAUUCUAAGCUCGAUCAUCCUCCAAAAUGUCCUCAAACAUUUUGCUAAAAACACUGGAAAGGUUUUUGCAUAA